UUCACUGGUCAGCUGAUUAUGAGCGUGAUGCUCAAUUGAAGGAGCUCUGAACGUAAACCCCAUUGCUAAUGUUCCACCUUAUGUAAGCGUCUUUUCUCUUCUUGUUUUACAUAUUUAAGAUAACGCACUGAAAGCAUUGGAUACUUUGCUCCACAGACUUUCAUCACCAUUAGGGCGGAUGAGAUUUUUCUGCCAGCAGCAAUGACAGAAUUCUGGUUAAUUUCUGCUCCGGGGGAGAAGACAUGCCAGCAGACGUGGGACAAACUGAUGGUGGCCACAACACGCACCAACAACCUGUCCACGAACCACAAGCUAAACAUCCCGGACCUCAAGGUUGGAACCUUGGAUGUUCUGGUGGGUCUGUCAGAUGAACUUGCAAAACUAGACUCUUUUGUGGAAAGUGUUGUGAAGAAGGUAGCUCAGUACAUGGCCGAUGUUCUCGAGGACAGUCGUGACAAAGUGCAGGAGAACCUACUGGCUAACGGAGUUGACUUGGUCACAUACAUCACCAGGUUUCAAUGGGACAUGGCGAAGUACCCAAUCAAACAAUCACUGAAAAACAUCUCUGAGAUCAUCUCCAAGCAAGUGACCCAGAUAGACAAUGAUCUGAAGGCCAGGGCUUCUGCUUACAACAACCUUAAAGGAAACCUGCAGAAUCUGGAGAGGAAGAAUGCUGGGAGCUUGUUGACCAGGAGCCUCGCUGACAUAGUAAAAAAAGAAGAUUUUGUUCUAGAAUCGGAGUACCUGAUCACCAUGCUGGUCGUGGUGCCAAAAACAAGCUACAAUGACUGGAACAAGACGUACGAAACUCUCUCAGAAAUGGUUGUGCCUCGUUCCACUAAGAUGAUUAUUGAAGACAACGACAGCGGUCUUUUCAGUGUCACUCUCUUCAGGAAGGCAGUCGAUGAUUUCAAACACAAGGCCAGAGAAAACAAGUUUACAGUGCGCGAGUUUCAAUACAACGAAGAGGAAAUGAAGGCGGACAAAGAGGAGAUGACACGUUUGUCCACAGACAAGAAGAAGCAGUUUGGACCCUUGGUGCGAUGGCUGAAGGUGAACUUCAGCGAAGCCUUCAUUGCUUGGAUUCACAUUAAAACCCUGCGUGUUUUUAUUGAGUCAGUAUUAAGGUAUGGACUUCCCGUCAACUUCCAGGCCAUGCUGCUUCAGCCAAACAAGAAGAACAUGAAGAGGCUCAGAGAGGUGCUGUAUGACCUGUACAAACACUUGGACAGCAGCGCUGCAAUCAUUGAUGCGGCCAUGGACAUCCCAGGUUUGAACCUGAGCCAGCAGGAGUAUUACCCCUACGUUUACUACAAAAUUGACUGCAACUUGCUGGACUUUAAAGUCUAAAUACACUGCCAUGAUCAUUGCGUUCUAUGGUGUUCUUGUAUGACGUGUUUACAUGCACAAGCUUUAAUUUAUUCCUUUUUUUGCCUUGUUUGUUGUCUCUUAUCGCUUUGGAGCUUUUCGUGUCCUUUUCUUCCUGUUUGAUGCAUCUUCUAAUACAUUUCAGAGGUCACUCUCCUCAUUUUGUUCUGCUAAAACUACCGGUAAACUAUAAGUGAGCAGCUUUUUUCAUUUUUUUCCCCUUUCAAAAUGGUUCAUAUUUUCCACUCGUCCACAAAAAAAAAAAUUCAGACUGCAGUUUUCGCUGCUUCAAUGUUGGACUGGGAGAAAACAAACUGGGUCCUUGUGGGAAAAUAAAAUAAAUGUAUGCUUUACCUAUUCUAACAAGUGGACGUACUUAAGGUGACGUGUCUCAAAUUCCAAGUAAAGAAUGUUUGUUUACAAGUAAACAUCAAUGUUGACCACUGCUCCACCUCUCAAGCUGUUGACUUGUGAAACAUUGAAAGUGGUUAUUUUACAGAGAAGCAACAUGUGAUGACUGGAUGUUUGAUGAUUAUGUGUAAAUUAUACAUAUAUAUUUCAUUAGGUUGAGAAACAAUAUAGACAUUAAGUGCAAAUACUGUACUGUUCUUAUAGUUGAAAAUUUAAAUGCUUAUUUAAAAUAGAUGUUAAAAUAAAUGCUCCAUGUACAACAUA